AUGUGGGUCACGAGUGCGUAUGCUCGUGGAAACCGGUUUGCAAGGUUCUUCGGCAGGCCCCGUUCUGCAGGAACGUGCGUCAGCGGGAGAAUGUGUUCCAUGGAGGUGCCCGCUCCAGCACACUAUUCCGGGAACGUCAGCGACGACUUGGUCGCUCUCGCGCGAAGGAUCGCUUCGGCCGGGUCUCAGGUGGUUGCUCGGCACUUUCGCCGAAAGGAUUCCUACGUAUCUUAUACGAAAAAGGACCGCAGUCCUGUAACUGAGAUUGACCGACAGGCCGAAGAGGCCAUGCGUGCGGUUAUUCGACGUGACGCGCCCGCAGCGCUGCAGGGGGUUCUCGGCGAGGAGCUGUCCGACUCGGACGUCAACCCACGCACUGGAGGCUUUCUCUGGGUGCUGGAUCCGAUUGAUGGAACCAAAGCUUUCAUGUGUGGAAAACCGACUUUUGCUACCCUGGUGGCCCUGCUGCGAGACGGCGAGCCCGUUCUCGGUAUCAUUGAGCAGCCGUUUCUUGGCGAGUGCUGGCUUGGUGUCCACGGGCGACCGACGCUAUGGAACACCCAAGUUGCGCAUACUAACCAAACAAAUACUGAGUUGUCAGCUGCAAUUCUAAGCGCAACAACACCGGCUAUGUUCCAGCACGCAAACCGCGAACGUUUCUUCGAGGGACUGGCAGCAAAAGUUUGGCAGGUGGUUUAUGGCUGUGAUAGCUACGCGUAUGGCCUGCUCGCUGCCGGGUUCAUCGACAUCGUUGCUGAGGCAGAUUUGAAACCCUGGGACUACAUGGCCUUGGUUCCGAUCGUUACUGGUGCUGGAGGUAUCAUCACUGACUGGAAUGGUCAGGCGUUAACAGUGGAAAGCGACGGCCGAGUGUUAGCAGCUGCAAACCCCGAACUUCACCGAAAAGCGCUCACAGCAUUGCAGUAA